AAUCUUCCAACUUUAUGCGCUUAUUUUCCUACCAACGUUCAGUCUGGUUGAGAUUUCACAACAUUUUUGCGUGGAUUCCAUUUUUUUUAUCUUCACUCUCGACCCAGUUUUCGCCUGCCUACGGCCACGUCUAAAUUCAAAAUGGCGGCGGACAGUGAAACCGGCGAUCUCGUGAAGGAAGUGAUGGUAAGAGGCUUUCAGCUAGUGUUAUCGCGAAUCUACGCUUUGUUAUUGUAGGGAACAUUUUUGGGCUAGAUGUUGGUUUUGCUUUGUCGAUAUGAGAUCGGUAUAUGAGAAAAAAACUAAGUUUUCUAAAAAUACCUUUGUCUACCUUUGUCUCUGUUCCGAUCAAAUUAAUAUAACUUUGAUUUAUCCUCGUCAAAGAGAUGAGGGAGAUGUAGUAUAUAAUAAGGUCUCAGUCAGGAAUGGAAUGGAUGGGAUACAGACUCCUUUCCAUGCAUUCCUUCCCUGAUCAUUAUGCAUCAGUCAAAUCCAAUUGUGCUCAGCCCCCCUCCCCCCCGGGCAACUGCGGGGCAUUUGCCUACCUUGUCAGUCCCGGGGGUGGUAGCAUUAGCAAAUUUUGCAUCCCCAGGGUGGGCUGGGCGCAGUUGGAUUUGACUGAUGCAUUAAUGUUUCGGAAGGAAUGUUUGCACAUACCUAGGAAACUGCAAUCAGGCAAGAUUUAGCCUAUAUCUUUGCCCUUAAGCAUGUAAAUCAUAAGGAAACUGUCUGUGCUGAAAUAUUAUUAAAUUUUGUGGUGCAUGAAUGGUUGUUUAUGUAGGAUUUCUCUUUGUGUAUCACAGAGCAAUAGUAAUGGUUCUCUUCCAAUUGCUAAAACUCUCAGCAAGGAAGAAUUGUGGAGGUAAACAUGUCUAUUUUUUGUAUUUAAUAAUUUAAAGGUUAAUUGUUUGUGGGCUGGGCGCAGUUGGCAGGAUUAGCUCAGUUGGUAGAGCAUUUGACUGCAGAGCGGGAGGUCGCGGGUUCGAUUCCCGGGGCCGGACCAUUACUCAGGGUCUUAAAAUGACUGAGAAAUGAAGGUACUUCCUUUGCACUGCAAGCGGCGAGACCUUCGCGUGGCUCGGAUGACCACGUAAAAUGGCGGUCCCGUCUCCAUUAGGAGACAUAAAAAUAGUGUCCCCAAUUAGCACUUUUGUGCUAAAUACAUUGACACUCAAAUAAAAAGUGCAAAAAGUGCAAGUGCAAGUGCAAGUGCAAAAUACUGUAUUGAAUAUUAGCACAGCAAAACCAGUAUUGAUAAUAAUAAUCAAUGUGUUAGUGGAUUUGGAUUUUGGGUAGUGAUUUUUGUUCUUAACUUGCCCAAUGGGCAAGCGCUUUUUUUUUGGGGAAACUCAAAUUACAGAAGGAUUGUAAUCAAUCCUACUAAUCAAAAAGGGUUUUGGGGCUAGUUGAAAUGACUUGUGCACUAAUACAUGCUAGCUAGUCAGCUUGCAUGCCUGAAUGGCAGGCUGUAAAACUGACUUUCUUUGCGCGGUAUUUUUAUUAAUUAUUAUUUGAAUUCAAAUUUGUAUUCCACAUUAGAUAAAGGGCAUUAAAUUUUGCAGGGAUGCUUUGUUUAACCCUGAGAAGCUGAUACUACAUUAACCUAUUUUGAUUUUAUUCAUUUGAUGAAUGAUAGGAUAGAACAUGAAAAGUUACAUGCUAAACACAAAGGUCAUGAAGCCAUGCACAUGGAGAUGGUUCUUAUUCUAUUUUCUACACUGGUGGUAGCCCAGAUUCUUUUGGUAAAGUGGAAAAAGCAUUACUACAAGUCAUUCCAGGUAAAGAGAUCACAAUGUUAAAAGAGGUUAUUGUUUUACUUUCUGAAAAAUGCAAUGGUUGGAGGAAACUUGUGGUUGACUGCUUUUCUGUUGGCUGAUGAUGAUGUCUUUAUUAACCCUUUAAGUCCCAAUGGUGACCAACAUCAAUUUUCUCCUAACCAUAUCCAUUGAUUGUCCAGAGAUUAGGUUAUGAGAAUUAAUAAAUUGAUCACCUAAGUGAAAAUGCCUUGAUCUUUUAUCAAAUUCUCUCAACCCAUCAUGAAGAAAAUGUAUAGAGAUCAGUUUGGAGAAUUUGUGUGUGGAUAUAAAGGGUUAAUCAGAAGGAGAAGACCAAUGAGGCAUGAGAUGAUUAUUUUUAUAACUAAAUGGCAAGCAUUAGCUCACUUGUGUGAACAUUCUGAUCUUCAAUAUGAUUGACAGUAACAAAAUAAGUGCCCCUGAAAUAUUAUUAUUAAGAGGCGCUAAAAUUCUGUUGAUAUUGAUAAGGGCAAUUUUAUAAGGAAGUGCAACAUAAAAGCUACGUUUAUGUCUUGGUUGAGUUGUUACUACAGCGCAAAUUGUACGGCACUGUAGAAAUACAAUGGGUUCUGAUCCCGUUGAAGUCCCAAUUUUUUUUUCCGUGUUAAUUUGCAAUUGCUUAAAUUGCAAUUACCAUGCACUGCAACGAUCAUAUCUUCAUUUAGAUGUACCUCCAAUUGACGACACAAUUAGUUGAGACACUUUGCCUUUAAGUGCCUUUCUGACGUUUUGCCCUUCUAAAGGGAAAAAUGAAGCCUUCCCUCCCCUACCCCCUCCAAGCUAUGUUGUGCUGCUGCAUGUUAACUGAUUGAAAAAAUUUAUUCACUAAUUUCCUUUUUAUUUUUUUCACAACUUAGGCUGUCACUCUAGUUGGUAUGUGGUGGAUUCCUCUGUAUUUCAACAUUAAGCUUAAGUUUUGGCGCAUGCUGUCUGCUUGGGUGCUGUUCUCAGUUUUGACAGGAUUUAUCGUUUUCAAGUCCACAAGAAAGCCAUUAACACCCACAACACCGAGGUACAGUAACUACUGUAAUGCAACUAUUAAUCCUUUAGCCUGGUCAGGUUUCUAACUAAAGAUAAUGUGUAGUCAGGGAAAAAAAAGAGAAAGGAAAGGCAAAUAAUAAUUUAAACAAGACUUGCAUGUAAGUCAAAGGUUGAUUAAGAUUCUGUGAGUCAUCAGCUGGGAGUGUAGGAGUUGUACAACUCCACAACGGUAAAAGUCUGUCUUGCUUCAACGCAAGAACUACACAACUGAUUUGACGCAUGAGCUGCACUCUUUCUCAUACCACUACUUCACGACCUUGGCUGAUGACCAAAUAGAAUAUAGGCAUUGUUAAACGUAUUUUAGUAUUUAAAUGGUAGAUAUAGGCAUAUUUUUAUCCCCUAAAACUUUUUCAUCUGUUCGGUUUUCCUAGCUGAAAGUCUAGUGAUCCGAAAAUUGUAGGGAUCAAAACUUACCUUUUCAAAAAUUUCAGCCGGGAAAAAGGCUCUCAAAAAUUCUAGGUGACCUUUUUAGGGAAAAAAUCCGUUAAAAAUGGGCAAUUAUACCAUUUUUUAGAUGUUUGAAAAUCCUAGGAGAGGCAGGAAAGCAAGAAAUUUUACAACAAAUAUUCUGAAAAUUCUAGGUCUCAAAUCGUCUUCUGAACAAUGAGAUAUUUUCCAAAAAUUGACGUUGGGUGCCCCUGAUGAUCACUCAUUAACAGUUUGAUCCAUCUGUUUUUCUUCUUUGCAGACUGGUUUACAAAUGGUUUUUGUUGAUACACAAAGCUACUUAUGCCUUGGGAAUAGUAGGCUACAUGGUUGUUUGUCUCACAAUGCUUGGCAUCAAUCUAAUGUUUGCAAUUAAGCCUGAUACUGCCAUGGAGUUUGGAGUGACCGUGCUGUUUUAUGGACUUUAUUUUGGAGUGCUUGGUAGAGAUUUUGCUGAGAUAUGUGCAGAUAACAUUGCCUCAAAACUAGGUGUAAGUACUUGCCUUUUUUUACUCUCUGCAACUGCACUACACGGGCGUAGCCAGGAUUUUUCAAAGGGGGGGUCACAGAAGCUACUCACCAGAAUGCCAUGUCGACCUCCACUCGGAUCGCCGACUAUAUAUUCAUUGUUUAUAUCGCUGCUCUCCCUUGUGUAUCAGCGGGCUCAGUCGUAUUAUCGCAGGAUGAAGGCCCAUAUUAACUAAAGACAAGAACCGCUGACGAAACUGCUUUACAAAAAAACAAAUUUUAAAAAAGUGGGCUUUUCAACAAUGGUUUUUACGGCCAAGAUAUUGUCAUGGUGUUUUCGCCACCUGAAUAUUGUGGGUUGUUUGCUCAAAAGAAGGCCUACCAGUGGGGGUUUGCCCCCUACGGUCACCCCAGGACCCCCCUAGCUAGCCCCUGCACGAGGGGCAAAUAAAACCUGAGGUACUAUCCGCAUAUUAAUUAGAAUUAACUGGUUUCAUAAAUACAUUUGGAGUUACAGCUAUGUAUUUUAGGUGUCAACUGAGUAUUAACUGGGUCAUGCAAAUUGUCCGAGAGCAGUGUAUUUCCCUGAGGAAGAUUCACAACUUAGCAGAGUCAUACAAUUUCGUCUUUAUUUUUUUAGUAUUCUAGUAAAGAUGGGCUUCCAAGUAGAAGCCUUGAGAUCAACAUCUGUGCUGUUUGUGGCCAAGAACUUGUGUUGCAGCAAGAUGAUGAUGAUGAUGGGCCUGAGAAAAAUUACAAACUCUCUUGUGGUCAUUUGUAUCCUUGCCUUUAAAAAAUAAUGUGCGAUGGAUGUGUGAUGGAUUAGACUUUCGAAAAAGUCCUUCUUCCCAUUUAAUCAGGGGCAUCCAACUACGGUCUCCUACUAAAUGCAUUAAUAACACUUUUUAGGCUAUCUGGAGCUAGAGUACAAAGACGUCUAAAGAAACGAUACUGAUGACGCAUCACUAGCCAGAUCUGGGUAGUGCUUCUGAUUGGCUGAAGCAAAUUUUCCACGCGUCACCACCAAUCAGAAGCACUACCCAGAUCUCGGUAGUGACGCGUCAUCGGUAUGGAAUUUCUGCACUCGUUUCUCAGAAAUCUUUUGGCGGGAAACCAGUGGUGGCGUUUCUCCUUACGUGGGCCGUGGUUUGCGUGAUGAAUACAUAUUACAUACUUUUUCCGUCAUGAUUUGUCUCUAACUUGUCUCUCUAGAGACGUCAUUUUUAGUUAUGUUGAAUUUGUGAAUUUGUUUCUGUGAAUCAGUGUUUAUCCUUCACAAACAAUAAACCCAGAUUCCACGAGUUCUGUAUACGUGGUUGGUGCAUCGUAGGGAAGAAGCAAACUUGUCCUUACUGUAAAGAAAAGGUAGACCUCAAGAGGAUGUUCCACAAUCCGUAUCCUUUUAUAAAUUUCCACCUUGCGAGCACACCAAAAUCGGGCAGAAAGGAUCUGCCAGCAGGGUGAUAAAUUGCUUGUCUAUGUUGGAAAAAUAUUAAUCAAGCCGCUCACUUUACUUAGCUAUCCAACCUGACCCUCUCGCGUCAAGUUUAAGUUCAUCUCAGCAAACUCAAGCAAAACAAACAUGCGUCAAGUUUAAGUUCACCUCUGCAAACUCAAGCAAAACAAACAUGCAAAAACUUUUAAAAACUUUUAAGAAUUUACGUAAGUAAUUACCCUGACCCGCAGGUAGUAAAUGCUAAUCUAGGCGGGUCCGACGAACAACUGAGGGUCAACUGUUUUAACUCAUGGUAGAAUGGCGCAACGACUCUAAUGUUUUUCCGCCAAGUCAAGAAGACAUUGGUUCACGCUCAAACACUUCCUUAGUGUGGAGAAAAGUCCUUCUCGUCUUAGAAUCUUAAGGUCUCUUUUAAGUUGUCUGGAAAGCAACACUACUUCUUUUUCUAAAAAGCAAUUAUUCUGGGUAUGUCUUUCAACUUUCCUUGACCAGUCCCCAGGUGGGAGCGUCCACACGUCCUUUUUGGGCAGCUUUUGGACUGGAUCCGAUACCUCGUUGUGUGGCAGCCCAUCAUUAUCGUUGUAGUACAGAUAAUAAUUUAUGUUCUAGGUCUAGAAUAGAUAUCUAAGUUUUAUUUAAAGCAACAAAUGAAAUUAUAUUAUAAUUUGUACAGUAAGCCGAGUCAUAAUUAUGAAGGCUUUCUUUAAUUUCUCUUUAGCAAGUACUAAGAGGCUAGGAUAAGUCUAGUAGCCUGCGUGGCAGGCGUUAAAAGGGGAAGGGGAAAGGGGAAUUUGGGCGCGCGAGGGAGAAAGGAAAGGAGUUCCCCUCCUCCCUCCUCCCUCCUCCCUCGCGCGUGGUCUCGCGCCCUAAUUCCGUUCCCCUUCCCUUUCGAGCGCCUGCCACACAGGCUAUAAGUCUAGCGGUUUUUAUUAUAUCCGUAUUUAUCCUAUGAUUAUCUUAGAAUUAUCCUACUGCCAAUAAAAUUGCAGUUGCGAAAUUACAUAACCCAAAGCUUAAGAAAAGUAUUAAUUUAAAGAAUGAAUAAAAAUGUUCUCGAUUUUUUUUCCAUGAAAUUGCUCUCUUGGUACGCUUCUUUCGGUGAAGAACUUCGUGGUCUUCGCGGUACAGUUUUGGGUUGACAAAAAUAUUACGUUCGUUGUUUAGUUUGCUUCGUCUACCGUAUGCAGUCAAAAUUGCAGGGUUUUUUCCUUUUUUUGCGUCAUUCUUUAAAGCUUUCUGACAAGUGGCCAACUACUUCUGAAGUUGCUCCAUUUUUUUUAUAUGAUCUCACUUACGUUUCUUCAUGA